AUAUAAUAAACAAAAUCCUACGCUGAAGUAAAAAUACCCCUCUUUUCCCUCAAAACCUUGAGCGCAAAAACAAUGGCGAAAUCUAUGAGAUGCAAGAGGGUGAAGAGAUUGAGAGCUAUCAGAAGAGAAAUAGUGGAGAAGGAAUCUUUCACCCUAACGAGAGACGACGCCAAAUCCGCCGCCAUCGAAGCCGCACUCGCCGCCCCCAAGUUACCGGUUCGUCAACCACCACCUUCUCCGUUCAUGGAAGUUGCCUCGUCUACCACCGAGUCCGCCUCUGCCUCCGAUGUGGAAAUGGAUGGUGAGAAGCAUAACAAGUCUCUAAAACCCAUCGGGAGGAAGCUGAAGAAGAAGUUUAAGAUGGGGAUGAAGAAUCGUCGCAGCAAGGGUUUCCUUCGAGGCAAGCGUGUCUAAGUUCCUCCCAAGUCUUGUUUUGUUCUGUUAUUUUUUUUUUGGCGAGCUUCAGUAUAUAGAGAACAUACGAACAUGAUCUUUAACCGAAAGUCUGAAUCUGAUUAUGUCUCCCAUGUUUCAUUUCUUGCAUCAAAGGCUAUUCUCACAGCUAUUUACUUGAUUUAUAGAUAAUAUUUUAGGAUUCAUUAUA